UGUAGCAGCACGCCCGACGGUGUCAAUCAGUGGCAUCGGCGCCGCCUUCUCUCCUCUCACCGGCGGACGCAGCACGGCGACACGACACGUGCGGGUGCGUCCACGGAAGCUGCCGGUGCCGACCUCCGCCAUCUCAUCGGUACAUCAUCCAAGACGCGCCUCACCGUGGGCUGCCUGAGUGAGCAGCGUGUGCCCGUGUCCUCCAUUUCACUUCACACCUUCUCUGCAGGUGCAACACAAUACCCUGGAAAUUGCACAAGGGCGAACAAGAAAAGUCUCCCUCCUUUCCAGUCACAGACUCGCUUCACUCCACUGCUCGCACUCUCACUCCCACUCUCGCUCGCUCCGUCGGCGAGUCCGCCCGCGCCGCGGCCAUGGCCGUGAGCAACAACAUCACGGCGUGCCUCAACUUCCUGGCCCUAAUCUGCACCAUCCCGGUGGUGGCCACGGGCCUCUGGUUCGCGUCCAAGCAGGGCGCCGAGUGCGCGCGGCUGGCGCGCUGGCCCGUGGCCAUCCUCGGCGGGCUCCUCCUCCUCGUCGCCCUCGCCGGCUUCAUCGGCGCCUACUGGAACCGCCAGGGCCUGCUGGCCGCCUACCUCUUCGCCAUGGCGGCCCUCAUCACGCUCCUCCUGGCGCUCCUCGUCUUCGCCUUUGCCGUCACCCACGGCUCCGGCGCGUACGACGUGCCCGGCCGCGCCUACCGCGAGUACCGCCUCGAGGGCUUCUCCGGCUGGAUGCGCGGGUACGUCGCCGGGGACCCGCGGCGGUGGGAGGGGAUCCGGGCGUGCCUCGCCGCCUCGGACACCUGCAAGAAGCUCACCAUGGAGACCGCCUUCUUCAUCGCCCCCGAGCAGUUCUACCAGUCCGACCUCUCCCCUCUCCAGUCCGGCUGCUGCAAGCCGCCGACGGCGUGCGGGUACGCGUACGUGUCCCCGACGGCGUGGGCGAGCCCGGCGACCCCGGCGGCGGACGCGGACUGCGGCGCGUGGAGCAACGACCCGCGGCAGCUCUGCUACUGGUGCGACUCCUGCAAGGCCGGCAUGCUGGGCACCCUGCGCGACCAGUGGCGCCGGGCCAACGUGGCUCUCGUCGCCGCCACCGUCGCGCUCCUCGUCGUCUACGUCAUCGGCUGCAGCGCCUUCAAGAACGCGCAGACCGAGGACCUCUUCCGCCGCUACAAGUGGAGCAACAACACCUGAUGCUGAUGCACGUAUCCCCAAGGGAGGAGUUCUAGUAUAUGCUGACAUUGUGUACUAGUAUGAUUAUGAACCAGUGUAGAUUAUGUAGUGGUAAGUAAGGUUGUACUGUCAGUGUCCAGUCUCUCUCCCUGAAAGAAGUUUCACUCUCAUGUCGACCUGGGAAUAGUUUGGACUGGAACUACAGUUUCAGUUUAGUUUUCAUACAGUCUGCCUUUGGAUUGGAUGAAAAUGGCUAAGCUUCUAAACUAAUUUGGUUUGGUCUGGGCUUUACCCAUUUA